AUGGCCUCCGGAUACGACAGAGCUCUGUCGGUCUUCAGUCCCGACGGUCACGUCUUUCAAGUCGAGUAUGCUGGCGAAGCCGUGAAGAGGGGAACGUGCGCCGUCGGCGUCAAGGGAAAGGAUGCCGUCGUCCUCGGCUGCGAGAAGCGCUCGGCCAUGAAGCUCCAAGACACCCGCAUCACACCUUCCAAGAUCCAACUGCUCGACCACCACGUCGCGCUCGCCUUUGCGGGCCUGAACGCCGAUGCCCGAAUCCUCGUCGACAAGGCCCGCUUAGAGGCACAGUCACACCGUCUCUCGGUUGAAGACCCCGUUACGAUUGACUACAUCACAAAGUAUGUUGCUGGAGUGCAGCAACGAUAUACGCAGGCUGGCGGUGUCCGGCCCUUCGGCAUCAGCACACUAGUUGUUGGCUUCGACAAGAACAGCAAAAUCCCCAGACUGUAUCAGACGGAGCCAUCGGGCAUCUACUCGGCAUGGAAAGCCAACGCCAUCGGCCGUUCCAGCAAAACUGUCCGCGAGUUUCUGGAGCGCAACUACAAGGACGACAUGGAAACCGAGGCUACGAUCCGUCUCGCCAUCAAGUCGCUACUAGAGGUGGUCCAGACGGGCGCCAAGAACAUUGAGAUUGCGCUCAUGCUGCCCGGGGAGGAGAUUGAAAUGUUGCCAACAGACGAAAUCGAGGAGUACGUCAAGGAGAUUGAGCAGGAGAAGCAGGAAGAGGCUGCCAAGAAGAAGACGGGCCGGACGGGAGCUGGCACCGCAGCGCUGCCCACGCGCGGGCAGGACGACGCGGCCGCGUAA